CUCCCCUCCUUCUUUCCAAUCAAACAUCUAUCGUCCUUAUCUCUCCUCUUUCUUUUCUUUGUCCGUGACUGUCUAGCAACACUCCUCCUAACCUCCAGCACUUGUAUGAUGAGCUAUUGGAGUCACAAGUGCCGUAAAACUGAAGUCUGUGUUUUUUAUGUUGUUGUCUGGGCAGGCGGUGUCCCCGGGUCGGAGGUCAACCACCAACGCCUACCUGGAGGGUCUGCUGUCUGACAAAGUGAUAGUACAGCUGACUCUACUGCAGGGCAAGGACUUGGUGGCCAUGGAUAGAAACGACUCGGAGCAGCAUCCCUGCGGUGGACGUGACGGACAGUUCCUUCCUGUCCAGCCGAGAGGCGAGCACCCACCAACCGUCCCCGCGACCCCCGCCACACCGACCGACACAGACACCGGCCCCACCGCACAAAUACCUCACCCUGCAGGCCCCGCCCAAGAGACGCUGACAGCGUGUGCAAAUGGCUACCCAUGGGCAACGGCAUCGAGCUGGAAGUGUCCUUGACUCAAGGUCAACCCGCCCCCCACCGACGAUCGUCCAGUCUCUUCAAGUCGUUUUCGUUUCGCAAAGAUAAAUAAA